GGUAGCUAUCGACAUUGAACAGGUCUCUUGACACAAGUGUAUCAGAGAGCUCAGUUUGAUUGUCUCUAUACGGCUCGCUGAUCCUGUUGUUUGUGGAUAUCAGCAACUAGCACAAGGCUGCAGAGGGCUGCAGAGCUCAAGGAUCUCCAGCUCCAGUUCCAGCUCCAGCUUCAGCUCCAGCUACAGCUCCGUCAUUUGGGCUGGGGUCUUGAUUGUUGACUCACAUAAGCUACCCGAACCUCGAGAGCAGCUCGCAUUGAAGUCAUGCGCAACAAGCUGAGAUCUGCCCCUCCCUACCGAUUGCUCCGAUGCAUCCACUGUCCUCAACAGUGUUUCUCUUCGCUCUCCCCGCCAAGGCAGGGAGUCAUGAGGCACCGAGGAAUCCGAGUGGACCUUCUACUGGGCUGCAGCAGUUGUCGAAUGAUCUUGUCGAGGUACCUUGAAUUAGUCGGGUUCUACCAAGUUCCACGGUCUAGGAAUGCAUUGGGCAUCUAUCGCUCGCAGCUGGGCGGGCCCAAUUACUGGACUUGCAACCCUCCACUCCCAGCUCCGACCCCUCAUGAUUGGCCUUAUACGAACCUCUGUGGAACAUGGGCUAAAUGUUUCUCAGCACGUCAGGAAAUGUUGAACCUCUCGACCCGUCCUUUGAAACAUUGUCGAGAUUCUCGUGUCUUGGUGGUGUGCGAACAAAUCAUCCAUUGCUGCCACGUUGCCCGGCUCUUGGCCGGCUCUCUCUUGCACAUCGUUCCGGCCCGUGUCUCAGAGUCUCGGGCACAUGGCUUCACAGCAUGACAUCCUUUAUUUAGCCUUGGGGGUGUCAGCUUGAAAUCGUCGGGCUAUGAUUCUCCUCACUUCAGGCCGCGAUCAGAUGAAAGUAUCUUUAUGUUUCAUAU